AUGGGGGACAUCGUCAAGGGCUCGGUGGGGUUGCUCCUCGCCCGGGCUCAGACCUUGGGUUUGCGUGGCUUCGCUGAGACCUUGGCGCGUGCGUGUGGAGGAUUGAAGCCGACAGGUGUGUCCGAGGUGCCCGUGCUGGCCAGCCAAGCAAUUCCAGGAAGUCCUGCGGAUGACAGAGGAGGCCCGAGGAAGCUCUACCCUCCGGAGCAAGUCAGUGGAGGCUUGGAGCUCCCUGGCCGCCUCCUCUUGAACGUUUGGCGAGUGUUGCGCGGCGAAGCCAAGCUGCAGACCUCGUCGCUGCAGACGGCGGUGCACGUCUUGCUCGGUGAAACGCUGCCCUUGGUGCUGCAUGCGAAGAUGGCAGAGCGCUGGCGGGGCACGCCCGAGAGUCGCAGUGAAGCCUUGCAGAUCCUUUUAGGUGAGACCAGCUGUUGCCUUCGUCUCCUGGAUGCCCUGAACGUGCUGCCAAGGGCGGCUGAGACCGCCCGGAUGCUGGGCUUGGAUGUGCUGAGCGUGCUCUCCAGGGGAUCUCAAUAUCGAGUGGAAGGGCUGCUCACACGUGCUGCACAUCAGGAUCAAAUGCUGCUGCUUUCCCCAUCCCGAGUCCAGGUUGCCAGCCAACGUGGCGCUGAGUGCAUCCCUUUGGUCAUGGAGCCACGUAGUGGUUUCUACUUCGACCCGGUGGUGGUCCUGGACUUUCAAUCGCUUUAUCCCUCCAUCAUCAUUGCCUACAACUUGUGCUUUUCCACCUGUGUGGGUCGCCUGCAGGAGCAUUUGAAGGGUGCCACCGCAAAGCUCGGGGUACUCGAGGCCUACCAGCAACCGCACUGCAGGGCAGAAGACUUGUUUGUGACGCCCAACGAGGCAAUUUUCCUGAAGAGAUCCAAAAAAGCGGGGAUUUUGCCGCGGAUGCUCUUUGAGAUCCUUCAGACCAGGAUCAUGGUGAAGAAGGCACUGAAGGAACUCCAAAAGCCCGGAGCAUCUGCCGAGGCUCGCGCUCGACUGCUGGAUGCCAGACAAUUUGGCUUGAAGAUGAUUGCCAAUGUGACCUACGGCUAUACCGGCGCCUCUUUCAGUGGCCGGAUGCCUUGUGUGGACUUGGCGGAUGCCAUCGUGCAGACGGCCAGGCGCACCUUGGAGCGCGCCAUCCGUUGGGUGGAGCAACACAUCCCCCGCGCCGAGGUCCUUUAUGGGGACACCGACUCCAUGUUCGUCCGCCUACCUGGGCAUUCAAAGGAGGAGGCUUUCCAGGUGGGCGCCAAGAUUGCUCAGGAGGUGACGAAGCAGAACCCCCGGCCGGUAGAGCUGCAGAUGGAGAAGGUCUAUUGGCCCUGCUGCCUGGUGUCAAAGAAGCGCUAUGUGGGUCAUGCCUGGUCAUCCCCGAACGAUGUGGCUCCCGUCUUCGAUGCCAAGGGCAUUGAAACCAUUCGCAGAGAUCAGUGUGCGGCCACGCAGCACCUGAUGCGAGGUGCUUUGGAGGACUUCUUCGAGUCGAAGGGGAACUUGUCUCAGCUGAAGCAGUUCAUUCGGCGGCAUGUGGAUAGGAUCCGCGAGGGCCGGUUCACGGUGAAGGACUUCAUUUUCCAUCACGAGGUCAGGGCCCCUGAUGAGUACAAGGGCCAGGGCCCUUUAGCUGCUCAGGCCGUGCGCCGCAGCGGCCUUCCUUGGCCUUCGCCGGGCGAACGGUGGGAGAACAUGGCGGAGAGAGGUUUCAGUCCCGAUCAUGUUACACCUCCGGAGACCAGCAGAGCACCCAUCAUCUUCAGUCCAAACAUGGCCCAGCUGGAAUUUGCCGUGGGCUGCACAUGCGGCAGUUUGCUAGGCUUUGGCCUCUUUCGUCCUCUUAGCCGACGAAGAGCCACCGCCGGGCCCAAUGAGCGGUUCUGGGACGUGCUAUUGCUGCGGAUCGAGUCGGCUGAGCUGGGGCCAUUUCUCAUCUCGAUGACCUUUCAAUCCAUGGUCUACCCGCUGAGUAUCGCUUAUAGCUUUUACUCCCGGCACACUGCAGCUGUUGCUUGGGUCCCCAGCACAGGCAGCCUCUUUCAGGAGAAACUCUUUGGGCAGCGGCUCUUCCUGUAUCUCCUCUUCGGAUAUCUUUUGAAUGAUUUGCCUCGCUGCUGGGAUAACAUUCUUUUUCGACUCCACCACGGGGUGAGUUUGUUAGGCAUUUUGGUGCUGCUUCAGGCACCGGAAGGGGGCGCGCCGUUGACCUUGGCCAUCUUUGCCGCGGAGUGCGGGAGCUUGUUCUACAACGCUUGGUUGAUACACCCGAGCCUCGGGACCUCGGGCGGUGGGACCACCCGGAGGUCUCGCCUGGGACCUGGGUGCACUCGGAGGUCGAAAGCGAACGGAACAGGUCUGAGGGACGAAGGUCUUGGGAGGUCCAUGCUGAGGUCGUUUUCGAACAGGUCCAUGCUGAGGCUUCACGGGAUGGGCGCAUCUAUGCACGGCCAAUUGGCGCAGCUAUGCAGCGCCAAUGACUAUAGAGUACACAUGCAUAUGAGCUACGGUCAAGACAUGCGAAGAUCAAUUUGGUAAAGAGGGGUAGGUUUGUGCACAAAGCCCUGCAAAACCAUAGGGUCCACAUCAAAACCGAGAACCCAAGUGCGGUAUAUGAAUGCGGCGAACUCAAAACACUGCGUAAAACGAUAAGGUAGAAAAUCCAGACCGAUAACGUCCAGUUUUUAGUUGAAUUAAGGAUAAUAAUGAGUAUAUGUUUGUAUUAAAAGAAUGUCUCUCAGAUGUACACAUGAUAUUCAGAACAUUUCAGAACUGUCAGGAAAUCGAGGGUUUCAGCCAAUCGGAUCGCUCCCUUUCGUUCGAGUGUCACAUCGGUCGACCAGAUCGCGCUGCCUCCAUGGGCCUGGUGGACUGCCGGGGUUGACUGGGAAAGGCUGAUCCUCCAGUCCCGAGCUCGGAGAUUCCGACUCCCGGCACUCCGAGACUGUGUCGACUGGCCAUUGAGACCAUUGGUGGUUGAAUCACAAGGGUUGAGUCCUCAGACCGCCAGAGCUGUGUCAUUGGAUCAUCUCCAGGUCGGGUCGGUCGGUCAGGUCAUUCCUGCCUGGGGCCUGCGGUCUAGCCCACCGGCCAUACCGGUGCUUCGGUCUUCGACCUCAGGACGAUGCUCCACUUGCCGCGACACUUCCCCUGGUGGCCCAAAUCCGACGGUCUCAUCGACGUGGCCUAUCGCGUGGGGAUGACGGUCUCCAACAUCGUUUCUGGUUUCUUCCUGAUAGAUUGCUUACGAGCAAAUUGGGCAGAGCACAAGGCCUUCGCGAUCUUCUUUGC